AUGAGUACAGCAGCCAGUAAUGAUCAUCCAGAUGGUGGUGGUAAGCAGUCCACCACCAAGAAAGCUACUAAGAGAGCUUCAAAAAGUGAAGAAUCUGGCCAAAAGAAGAAAGUUAAAAAGGAGUCUACAAGCAAAAUCAGUUCGCCGGAUGACAACCAUAGCGUGACGUCGACCUCUACUGUGCUAUCACAACAUAUGAAUGGAUCUAUGUCUUCUAAUGGAGCAAAUCUAGGAACUACACACCGUCCUGUGACUUCAUGCACACAUUGCAGACAACAUAAGAUUAAAUGUGACGCUAGCCAGAAUUUUCCUGCCCCUUGUACUAGGUGUGCUAAGAAUGGAUUUCACUGUGAAAUCAAUCCACAAUUUAGGCCGAAGAAAGGAUCCAUGAUGCAAAUGCUAGCGCAUGAAGUUGACGAGCUAAAAUAUAAAGUAAGUUACUUAAUCAGAAAUGAUGGGCUUAUUGCCAAGGCAUUAGCAAACCAUAAAGAAGGCCAAGAUAUAUUGAGAGUACUAAACACUAACCCUCCUGGCUAUUACCAGGAAGGAAAGUCUGAGAUAAACACCAACUCUCCAUCAGUUAAUCAUGCCUUAACGCCAAAUCACGAAACGAAUAGUAACUCAUCACCGAAUACCAAGAUAAGUGUUCAAACUUAUUUGGCUGGUGAUCACCCACUAGUAAGUCAAGAUACGAAAUCACCAACUGCAAGCGGGAACGCUGUGCCAACACAAGCGAUGAACAUGAACCGUAACGACAUCAUUGGAACGAAAUAUACAACAUCUGUAAAUAAACCAAUUUUACCUCCAAUUUUAAAUGAUUCUACACCAACUAACAAUUCCUCCAAAGCUCAAAUCAACUCUGGGCUACUCCAAAUGGCUUUUCAUAGAAAUUCUUCAACGACAGGGAGCCCAUCUACUAGCCGACCUCUUUCGCCCUUGGUUCCAAAUGGGGCAACCUCUCAUGGAAUGAUUAACAACGAUAUUGGAUUGCAACAAGCAGGGCAAGUAGGGGCUAAAAAGUCUCCUAUAAUUGCGACGACCACAACAAUGGAUCCUUUGCCAUCACCACAAGCCAACAUUGAUGAGUUUGUUUUGGGAGACAUUCGCUUAUCGAUAAACAAAGCAGAUGAAUUACAUUCUACAUUCUUAACAAAAUACCUCCCAUAUUUUCCUAUAAUGUCCUCGAACUCCGCAACUGAGUUAUUCGGUCAGUCUCAAUUAUUGUUUUGGACUGUCAUGUUAACUGCCUCUAUGUCAGAACCUGAACCAACUUUAUACAUGAAACUAUCAACCCUUAUAAAGCAGUUGGCAAUCGAAACUUGUUGGAUUAGAACUCCAAGAUCAACCCACAUUUCACAGGCAUUAUUAAUCUUGUGCAAUUGGCCAUUACCAAAUCAAAAGGUUCUCGAUGAUUGUUCAUAUAGGUUUGUUGGGUUGGCCAAAUCACUUUCGUAUCAGCUAGGUCUUCACAGAGGUGAAUUCAUAUAUGAAUUUACCAGAACGCAAACAUCUAUGCCCGAUGCUGAAAAAUGGCGUACAAGAACAUGGCUGGGUAUUUUCUUUUCUGAAAACUGCUGGUCGAGUAUUUUGGGUUUACCACCAAACUCUAAACCUGACUAUCUAACUGAGAAAGCCAAAAAGGCAGAAAUAUAUGAGGACAAUGUGGAUAAGACAAGUGAAAUUACCAGCAAAGAAUCAAACAAGGGAAAAGCAAAGGAAACAAAUGGCCAUGCUAAUGAAAUAUCCGAUAACAAGAUGACUUUACCAAAGAGAUUUAAACAAAUGCUGAUCCUUGCAGACUUUCAAGGAAAGUUAUGUAAUAUUAUGGGAACAAGUGUUACAAGUCCAGACGGUUUGAUGGAACCUUCCUAUAGGUCAGAUGCUUUGUCCGUACUUGAUAAGGAGCUGGAAGAGCUUAAUACAACAUAUAAAUUUGACACAGAUGAUGUUGUUAAUAUUUAUUACUUGUAUAUCCGUUUGAUGAUUUACUGUUUUGCUUUUCUUCCUGGAACACCUGCACAAGAUCAGCUUGUAUAUGUGAACCCGGCAUAUACAGCUGCAACUAAGAUUGUUACACUGUUAACACAAUUAUUAAAGGACCAACAAUUGAUAGAAUUACCAAUUUAUAUAAGACAAAGUGCAUCAUACGCCUCUCUGAUAUUAUUCAAGCUGCAGCUAAGUCCAGCUCUGUCUGAUAAAUGUUUCGAAUCUGCGAGACAGUCGAUAGUUACCAUUCAUAGAUGUUACAGGAAUCAGCUAUCAGCUUGGGCAACUGUUGUAGAGAACGACAUCUCCAGAACUGCAAGUAUGCUGGAGAAGUUGAACUUUGUACUGAUAACACAUCCAGAAGUAUUAGUAGAGGAAGCUGGUAUUAUAUCCAGAAUGAGAUCACAUAUGACUGGUUCGUUGUUUUACGAUCUUGUUUGGUGUGUGCAUGAAGCUAGAAGAAGAGAAGUGGACCCUGAAUACAACCGUCAAGUUCUAGAGGACGUAAAGAAGAGUCAUGAAAAAGAUGGCAGCAAACAAUCAUAUCAUAUUCCCGCUAGCAAAUUAUAUCCACUACCGUUAUACAACCAGAUUUCUAAAGAGGAUUUCAAAACGGUUACUAAAACAACACCUAAUGGUACAACUGUAACCACUCUUGUACCAACCAGAAGUGCCCUAAGACAAGCUGAAAGCAACAGCAAUAAUGAUGGGGGUGCUGUUGCUAUUAAUGGCAUACCACUGGCUAUGCUGGAUGAAAAUGGUAGCCUAGAUAUGGACAAUUUGUUCUCAUUGCAGAAUAUUGCCCCAGUGAAUGGAGAUGGUGCUAUUUAUCCUCGCAUGAUUGACUCAAUAAUCAGACCUGAGGAUAUACCAGAUAGACCAAACAGUGCUAUGGCAACAAUCGCACCAUCAGACAGGCAAGAUUUCGGCAACAAAGGUGACGUAAACUCUUCUACUCAGCAAGGGGUUAACCCACCGAAUGAUUUCAUGAUGGAGAGACAAGCCAGUUUCCCACCUACCCAAAAUCCAAGAACUACUGGUUCCAGUUUGGCAUCUCUGCCCGAGAUACCGAAGAAUGGUAAGAGCUUCAAGGAUUUUGCGAAUAUUGCGCAAUGGGGCAAUUUCGCUAGCAAUCCUACAAGCGGUCCAAACAAGAACAACAAGAAUGACAUUCCAUCAGCCAACAGUCGUCUACAACUGAACCAACUUUCCGAUUUCUUUCAACAGCAAAGCGCUGGCUGGAUUGAAGGUAAUCUCGGUAACGACGAUUUCUUCGGUUGGCUGGACAUGAACAUGGAACCUAAGUUCUAA